AUGAUGGCCAUGAACGCCAAGCAGCCUUUCGGCAUGCAUCCGGUGCUUCAAGAACCCAAAUUCUCCAGCCUACACUCCGGUUCCGAGGCCAUGCGCCGAGUCUGUCUCCCAGCCCCGCAGCUGCAGGGUAAUAUAUUUGGAAGCUUUGAUGAGAGCCUGCUGGCACGCGCCGAAGCUCUGGCGGCGGUGGAUAUCGUCUCCCACGGCAAGAACCAUCCGUUCAAGCCCGACGCCACCUAUCAUACCAUGAGCAGCGUGCCCUGCACGUCCACUUCGUCCACCGUGCCCAUAUCCCACCCGGCCGCGCUCACCUCACACCCACACCACGCCGUGCACCAGGGCCUCGAGGGCGACCUGCUAGAGCACAUCUCUCCCACGCUGAGCGUGAGCGGUUUGGGCGCCCCCGAGCACUCGGUGAUGCCGGCGCAGAUCCAUCCGCAUCACCUGGGCGCCAUGGGCCACCUGCACCAGGCCAUGGGCAUGAGUCACCCACACGCCGUGGCGCCUCACACCGCCAUGCCCGCGUGCCUCAGCGACGUGGAGUCGGACCCGCGAGAGCUCGAGGCCUUCGCCGAGCGCUUCAAGCAACGGCGCAUCAAGCUGGGAGUGACCCAGGCGGACGUGGGUGCGGCUCUAGCCAACCUCAAGAUCCCCGGCGUAGGCUCGCUCAGCCAGAGCACCAUUUGCAGGUUCGAGUCUCUCACUCUCUCCCACAACAACAUGAUCGCGCUCAAGCCAGUGCUCCAGGCCUGGCUGGAGGAAGCCGAGGCCGCCUAUCGAGAAAAAAACAGCAAGCCAGAGCUCUUCAACGGCAGUGAACGGAAGCGCAAACGCACGUCCAUCGCAGCGCCGGAGAAGCGCUCGCUCGAGGCCUACUUCGCUAUCCAGCCGCGGCCCUCAUCCGAGAAGAUCGCGGCCAUUGCUGAGAAACUGGACCUUAAAAAGAACGUGGUGAGGGUCUGGUUUUGCAACCAGAGACAGAAACAGAAACGAAUGAAGUACUCGGCGGUCCACUGA